AUGGCGGCAUCGCCCACCGUAACCAUCUCGGCCCUCGACGCCGGCCAAAUCACGCUCCCCGAGCACAUGUUUGUCACCGACGCCGACCCCAAGAAGAAGAACCUCGUCCCGUCGCUGUCGUUCCUCAUCCGGCAUCCGGAACCCGAUGGCAGCCUCACAAACCUCGUCUUUGACCUCGGCGUCAAGCGCGACUUGCAGUACUCGCCCGCGCAGCAGAAGGAGCUCGACAUAUGGCAGCCCAUCAUUACCGAUACGGAUUGCGCCCAAAGCCUUCGCAACGGAGUGACAGAUGCCGCCAAGACGGUUGAUGAUGCCGCCACAACCAACGGCCUCCUCUUGGAUCCGGCAAAAGACGUCGACUACAUCAUCAUCAGCCACGCCCACUGGGACCACACCGGCACGCCAUCCGACUUUCCCUCUGCGACAUUCGCCGUGGGAUCAGGAACCCUGGACCUCUUCAGGAACGGCGCCGGACCGGCCUAUCCCGCGAAAUUCUUCAACGACGACGAGCUGCCUGCUCUCCGGACCAUCGAGUUUCCGCCAAUUUCGCGCACGGCGUCGUGGGCGUGGAAGCCUUUAGGCGUGUUGCCGCAUACGCUCGACUUCUUUGGCGAUGGGAGUCUUUACGUGGUCGACACGCCGGGGCACAUUUACGGCCAUGUGAAUCUCCUUGCUCGAUUGGCGGAGCGGAGAUAUGUGUAUCUUGCUGGCGACUGUUGCCAUGAUCGACGGCUGGUGUCUGGCGAACGGGAUAUCGGGCUGUAUGACGAUGGACAUGGCGGGUUGAGGAGCAUCCAUACUGAUACGGCGGAGGCGAAGAAGUCGUUGGAAAGACUGCGCGAGUUUGUCAAGAGCAAGGCCGAUGAGGGGAUCGAGGUGGAGGUUGUGCUUGCGCAUGAUCCGAUUUGGAGGAGGGAGAAUGCGCACAAGUGUUGGCCGGGCAAGAUGUAG